UUUGCCUUUCGGUAGUUGUUGUCGUAUUUGUCACAAUCCCACAAAUUUGCAGCCGACUCUUUGGUCUUCUGUCAGCUUUCUCUCACCCUUUUUUCCAACUUUUCUUUAUUUAUUUAAAGUCUAAUUGAAUUUUUUUCUCCAUUAUCCUAUGAUCUGUCAACACAACUUGUCUCCGAAUCAAAUUGACUUUAGUUAGCAAUUCCAUUUUUCACCAGCUCAGAGUUACGUAAAUGUACAUAUAAAUUGAUGUUAAAAUGGCUUAAACAAAAGUUCUUCUGCAGUUACAGCUCUAUCCGGGAUAUAUAUAUAUAUAUUAGUAUUGGGAGGUUUUAAAUUUUCGUCAAGAUUUGUGUAAGUAUAUGUAACACCCAUUCAAGAAAGUUUUCGAAUAAAAGAGGAUACUAUAUUUAAUUGAUCCCUGAAUACUUGAUCCUGGGCCUGAGAUUGUCUUUCUUUCUUUUGGGAUCUUUCCUCAGAGCAAAAACUGUAUUGGGUUCGUUCUCCUUCUGGGCUCGGGAUUUACAUGCAUUUGUGCGGGGAAAGAGUCACUAUCUUUUUUGGCUGGCUCGCCUAUAAAUCUGCUACUGUGAUUCAGGGUUCUUGAUUGAUCAGGAUUGGAGAUUCAUUGCGUCUUUGAUUUAGGCUCUUGUUGGAGUAGGUGUUGAAUCUGGUGUAAUAAUUGCUUAAUUUACUACAAAAUGGAUGGAAGAGAGAGUAUAUCUAUUAAAGUGAAACAGAGAGUUGUUCAACCGACCAUUACAGCAGCUUUGGCUGCUGCAUUUCACGAGUGGUUUUUGAUAUUCCUGCUGUUUAUUGAUGCUUGUUUCUCCUACUUAGUUACAAAAUUUGCGAGCUAUUGUCAAUUGCAAAUUCCGUGCCUACUGUGCUCGAGACUGGAUCAUGUUCUGGGAAAGGAAAAAGCAGGAUUCUAUUGGGAUUUGAUCUGCAAAAAACAUAAAUUACAAAUCUCAUCCUUAGUUCAUUGCAAACUUCACGAAAAUCUUGUUGAUGUUCAUGGAAUUUGUGAGAAUUGCCUCUUCUCCUUUGCCAUUGUGAACAAGUCCAAUGCUGAAACAUACAGAUUGCUGGUGGGGAAAUUGGGGGAUGUACCUCAUGUUGGACUUGAUGAUGAUCCUUUGAUUGCUGAUAAUAGUCUCAGUGCUUUAGACGGAAGAAAGUGUUCCUGUUGCCAUCAGCCAUGGAUUUCUAGAGGUCAAAGAUGCAUGCUGUUUAGGACAGGAUCAUAUGAGGCCACUGAACUUGAUGCUCCCUUAUUGGCAUCAAAUAUACAUGAUAGAGAUGAAAGGGAGGGGAUGAGAGAUCUUUCAUCCCAAAAAAGCUUAGGUAGCUGGAAAGCUAAGAAGAGUGGUGAUCCUUUGCCACAUAUAGAAUAUGAAAAGGUCAAGAUGACUUCUGAUACAGAAUCUGAAGCUUCUAAUUUUGAUGAUGAUUCUGCUACCGAGCUAUUCUGUGUUAAUGACCUAGGGGAAAAGGACAUAGUUGCCGAUCAUCACCAAAAAGAUUUACAGGUUGAUAAUCUUGGUUCAGAAAAAUUGAUUGACCCAUCUGAGUCUUUAGUUAUGGACUCAGAGCAAGCGGAAGCUAGUGAUCUGCAGUCUUCAGGGUUGACUCCACCAAUAGGACAUGGUCUUGAGGAAAUUAAUUGCCAGCAUGUUGAAGACAAGACUUGUGUUGCUGCACCAUCUGAGCUGCAAUCUUUCAGUGACGUGAUUCCAUCUUCUGAUGUCAACCAAUCUUCUGUUCAUGAGUCUAAAGUGGAUGCUGUAGGAGUAUCUGGAUUAGAAAAGGCUGUUACAAAGUCUGAUGAUUUUAACGAGUUGACAAGUAACUCCACUUCAACCAAUGAGAAACAGUCAGAUUUGAAGUCUGGUACAAGUGACGCUGGUUUACAGAUGCCCAGUUCUUUGGAACUUGGUGAUGCAUAUAAGCUGGCUAUUGGCAGUAGGGGAAGGCAGUUGUCUGGAAAGUUUUCGGAACAGAAGUCUAUAAUGGAUUCAGCAAGAUUGAGUGAAGAUUUGAAGCUCUUAUUGUCACAGUUAUCUGCUGCUCGAGGGAUUGAAUUACCUUUAUUUGACGUAAGCCCCAGGGUAUCCGGAAGUGUUGAUGAACUAAAAGCUUCUGAUACCUCUAGUUCUGUUGGGAUGCAGAUACUUCAGAAGAGGAUCUCACUGGAGAGAAAUGAGUCUGGUAUAUCUCUUGAUGGUAGCACUGUCAGUGAAAUUGAAGGUGAAAGUGCAAUUGAUAGGUUAAAAAGACAAGUUGAGCAUGAUAAGAAAAUUAUGGUUGCUUUGUAUAAAGAAUUGGAGGAAGAGAGAAAUGCUUCUGCAGUUGCAGCUAACCAAGCAAUGGCCAUGAUUACUAGAUUACAGGAGGAAAAAGCUGCUCUCCACAUGGAAGCCUUGCAGUGUGUAAGGAUGAUGGAAGAACAAGAGGAAUACGAUGUUGAAGCUCUGCAGAAAGCAAAUGAACUUCUAGCUGAGAAAGAAAAAGAAAUUCAGGAUCUAGAGGCUGAGCUUGAAGUGUACAGGAAAACAAUAGGUGACUUACCUCCAAUAGGAGAUCUUCCUGAGUCAAACUAUGGAUUAAAUAUUGGAGGGACAAGGCCAAAGCAGACAGGAACAGGCUCAGCAGAAAUAACCGUAAGACUUUGUGACUCAAAUAUUAAUGUGCCAGAUUCCUGCAAUGAAACCGAUGAAUUGGUCAAGUUUACUGAGGAUGAGGGAAUUAAUGUGAAGAGCUCACAGCCAGAAUUUGAGGAUGAAGUAUUGCUCAUUUUUCAAUGUUUAAGAAAAUUGGAAAAAAAACUUCAACUUUUCUCAAGUAAUGGCUCUUAUUUGGACAUAGCUAAUCAAGAUGAUCUCUCUAGUGAUACUGAACUGCUUGAUGAUGGCAAAGCUGCUCCAGAAAUUGGUGAAGCUGAAGUGGAUGGUUCAGUUGAACAUGUUUCAUUGCAUGAAGCAAGCAUUUCUGUUCCCAAGAUAUCUGCUGGCCAGCAUGAGAAAUCCAACCAAUUACAGAAAGGAAGUGAUGAACUCAUGAAUCCGAAACACAUGCCCCAGAAUGCUGAAUUAGACGCUUUGAAAAAUGAGUUUCAUGGGCUGAGUGGCAGGUUAGAAGCACUUGAGGCAGAACACAGCUUUCUUGAGCAUUCUAUCAACUCACUCAGCAGAGGAGAUGAAGGACUUAAAUUUAUUCAAAAGAUAGCUUGUCAUGUGAGAGAACUACAUUCCCUUGGUAUCAAGAGAAAAGGCUGAGUUUUUACACGGUCAGUAUUUUUCUAUCAAAAGAUGCCAUCAUAAUUUUGGUUACGAAGAUGCUGGAUUUAAUCACUAGAUGCUUAUCUGGAUAGGAUUGACUCACUGCAAAGCAGGGUGUUGAUUCAGUACAUAUCUAAUCAUGGAGAUGCUGGAUAAACUGUACAGUAUCAUUAGAUUGUUUCUUCUGGCAUGAAGCAGUGUGUAGAUCUUUUACUUAUUUUCAAUGUUUCCUUCUUUUUCCCCUUUAAUUAUACAUUUAUUUUUUCUCCCACUGUGGCUUUCAUCUGAUUGCUUGUAAAGUAUUUUGAGUCCAUUCAUUUUCACUUUCAUACCCUUUUGAGGAAUUCCUGCACUUUGAGAGAGAUUUUUUUUAUAGGGUAAGGGUGAUCCUUACAUGUAUACAAAAUGUUGUAUUAAUAUUAAAUCUUCGUGUUUAGCU